AUGGAUGACAGCUCCUCACUGGGCAAAGUCAGCAGCUCUACAGAGUCCGUGGCCACCGUCACCAGCGAGGAGUUUGUUCUGGUACAGUCCAGCUCUGCCGGCUCACCGCACGGCUCUGAGGGAAAACCAAGACUCAAGAUGUCUUUGAAUGGUAGUGACCAGCUGGAAAAGGCUAUGGAGGAGAUAUUAAAUGAUGAAGAUGAAGAAGUGAAGGUAGAGAAGAGCUGUGUGGAAAAGAUGGAGAAGCACAGGGAGCCGGAGAGCAAAAUCUUAAGGACAGAGUCUGCAGAAGCAUCCCGGGAACCAUGCAGUCCCACUGUCCUGGAGGAAGACAGUGUGCAGUUUAAUAAGCUAUCAUACCUGGGCUGCACCUGGGUCAAAGCCCCUCGCAACGAGGCCGAGGCGCAGAGAGCUAUGGCUACCUUACGAGCUGAGAGUGCCAUCCCCAUUCCCAUCACCCUGCAUGUUCCCUGUGGUCCAGAUGGCUCUGUCAGAGUUGUGGAUCAAGCCACAGGCACUGAGAUCGCCUCCUUCCCUAUCUACAAGGUGUUGUUCUGUGCUCGUGGGCGAGAGGGCUCGGUGGAAAGUGACUGUUUCUCCUUCACUGAGAGUUACAGAAGUUCAGAGGAUUUCCAGAUUCAUGUUUUCUCCUGUCAAAUCAAAGAAGCUGUCAGUCGUAUCCUGUACAGUUUCUCCACAGCCUUUCGACGUUCUUCGCGGCCAUCAGACAGCAGAGACUCCACACAGUGCAAUCCAUCCGACAGUGAUCUCUACACUUUCACUGUCUCUUUGGAGAUAAGAGAAGAUGAUGGUAAAGGCAACUUCAGCCCAGUGCCCAAGGACAGAGAUAAGUUCUACUUCAAGCUACGGCAGAGUGUCCAGAAGAAGGUCGUGGUUUCAGUUCAACAAAUGUGCAACAAGGAGCUGGGCAUUGAGAGGUGUUUUGGGAUGCUGCUGAGUCCUGGGCAGAAAGUCUGCAACAGUGAUAUGCAUCUUCUAGACAUGGAAUCGAUGGGCAAGAGUUCUGAUGGAAAGGCGUAUGUCAUCACAGGAAUAUGGAACCCCAACAUGGCAGCCUUCCAGCCACUGAAUGAAGACACUCCUAAAGAUAAGCAGGUUUACAUGACGGUGGCAGUGGACCUCGUGGUGACGGAAGUGCUGGAGCCUGUUCGCUUCCUGUUGGAAUCUCUGGUCAGGGUCUAUCCUUCAAACGAACGUUUCUGGUACUUCAGCCGCAAGACCUUCAGUGAGACUUUCUACCUCAAACUCAGACAGCAGGCACCAGACCGAGUUGCUCAGAGCGAUGCUGUGUAUGAGGUCGUGAGUCUUCAAAGGGAGGCGGAACGAAAGAAUGAAGGCAAAGGACGCCUCAGCUCACCCAAUGAGGAAGAGGAGGCUGAGGAAGACAGCGAUAGUGAAAUCUCCAGUGGAACUGGAGAUGUUUCCAAGGAUUGUCCUGAGAAAAUACUGGAGUCCUGGGGAGGUAUCCUGAACAGAUGGCACGGGAACCUGUCCACCCGUCCCAAGGGUUUGCCUCCAUUGGUUCGCAGUGGCAUUCCCGAGCCACUCAGAGCCGAAGUCUGGCAGCUGCUGGCUGGUUGCCAAGACAACCAUGAUCUUCUUGAGCAAUAUCGCAUCCUCAUCACUAAGGGAUUGCAUGGCAACACGCUGCUGUUGGUGUCCAUUGGAGCUCUCAACAUUGGCCUUGUUGUUAUGAAGAAGUGA